AUGGCUGUCGAACAGGAGCAAUUCGUCCACCUCGCCCGUCCUCUGGCUCCCACUGCCGUGGGCUUUGCUGUCGGCAGUGCCCCGCUCACCGUCAACAUCCAGCCCCAAGCUGUCUUCUCCAUCAUCGACCAUGCCGUUCGCCGCGAUAUUCGGGACACACAGUCGACCCGUGUGAUCGGCGCCCUCGUGGGCACGCGCAACGAGGAUGGCAGCGAGGUCGAGGUGCGGAGCACUUUCGCCAUCCCGCACACCGAGAACGAGGAUCAGGUUGAGGUGGAUGUUGAGUAUCAGAAGAACAUGCUGGCCCUGACGCUGCGCGCCUCGCCCCGCGAGACCCUGCUGGGCUGGUACACCACGUCGCACGAGCUUAACAGCUUCUCGGCCCUGAUCCAGAACUUCUUCGCCUCACCCGAGACUGGCACCUUCCCUCACCCAGCCAUCCACCUGACCAUUUCGACCGAGCCUGGUGCCCCGAUCGAGACCAAGACCUAUAUCUCCGCCCCCGUGGCCGUCUCUCCCGAGCGCGCGGCCGAGUCCUGCCUCUUUGUCGAGGUCCCGCACAGGAUCCUCUUCAGCGACGCCGAGCGCGCCGCCCUGGGCACGAUCCAGGCGGCCGCCAACUCCGAUCACCGCACCGCCCCCGUCGUCUCGGACAUCGAGUCUCUAGCCCAAGCCCUCGAGUCCGUCUCCGACAUGCUGGAGCGCGUGUCGACUUACGUGAGCGAAGUCCUUGACGAGGAGCGCGACGGCAAUCACGCCCUGGGACAGUACCUUAUGAACGCGCUGUCCCUGGCCCCCAAGGUGUCCGAGACGCAGAUCGAGCAAGACUUCAACAACCAUAUCCAAGACGUGCUCAUGGUCUCGUACCUGGCUAACACCAUCCGCACUCAGAUCGACCUGGCCCAGCGGCUGGCGACUGCCCCACUGGCCGGCGAGAAGGAUCUCCUCGGCUCAGAGGGUAAGGGAGACGGCGGAGAGGGUACUUCCGGUUCUAAGCAGGAGGGCGGUCGGUCGGGUGCCGGCGGCAGCGGUGGAGCUGGCGCUUCCAGCGGCGGCAGGGGAACUAAGAGAGCCGGCGGUCGCACUGGUGGCGGCGGCGCGAGGAGUGGUGGCCAGCAAAGGGAAUCUAGGGAGCCGAGAGAGAAUGGGGAUUAA